UUUGUUUGAGUACGGAAGGAUUCAAAGAACCUAUGCUCAAGCGACCGCACUUUGAUCUUCUUUUUCCCGCUUCGUACAAUUGUAGUCAUCAACAUCGUACGAGAAAGAAACCCUUCUUGCUAAGCAAACCCUUCAACUUUACGCUCUGGUAGAGUCUAUAAAUAUAUAUACGUAUAUGCGCACACUCGUGGAGUCUAAAAUGACUUUCACAUGGUGGACUUCUCAAAGCAAUCUACCUAACAGUUAUAGAUAGACCCUACCAAAGAAUGACAAACAAGUCUUGCUGAGCCCGAUUUAUACCGUCUGAAGUUCCGUUUACAGUAGCAAAAGAUGAGUACCAAGGGGAAUGGAGUUUUGGAGCACACUCUCGGGGAAAUACUGGAUUUGGUUAAACCCAGUAAUGAUGAUUGGGUAGCACGGUUCCAAGUUAUUGAAGAGUUUCAAGGGGUUGUUGAAUCUCUGCAAAGCUUGAAUGGUGCAACUGUGGAGCCAUUUGGAUCAUUUGUGUCGAAUCUCUUCACUCGCUGGGGGGACUUGGACAUUUCUAUUCAACUGGCCAAUGGUUCAUUUAUUUCAUCUUCUGGUAAAAAGCAGAGACAGAAAUUGCUUGGAGAUCUGACUAAAGCCAUGAGACAGAAAGGUGGAUGGAAUAAGUUGCAGUUGAUCCGCAAUGCCAGAGUUCCCAUAUUAAAAGUAGAAAGCAAUAUCCAGAACAUCUCUUGUGAUAUUUCAAUUGACAAUCUGCAAGGCCAAAUGAAGUCCAAACUCUUGCUUUGGAUUAAUGAAAUAGAUACCCGCUUUCGUGAUAUGGUUUUACUGGUAAAGGAAUGGGCCAAAUCACGUAAUAUCAAUAAUCCGAAAUCCGGGACUUUCAAUUCGUAUUCUCUCUGUUUGCUUGUGAUCUUCCAUUUUCAGACAUGUCAACCUGCAAUUUUUCCACCGCUUAAAGAUAUAUAUCCAGGAAACAUUACUGAUGAUCUUCAAGGUUUGAGGGUCAAUGCAGAGAGACUUGUAUCUGAAACAUGUAAGGCAAACAUAGCCAGAUUCAGAUCAGACAGCCGGAGAGCAGUUAACCAAAGUUCUUUGUCUGAGCUUUUUAUGUCAUUCCUUGCUAAGUUUUCCAAUAUUAGCUCGUGGGCCUCAGAGUUGGGGAUUAGUCCGUACACAGGGCAGUGGGAACAUAUAGCAAGCAAUACAAGAUGGUUGCCUCAAACCUGUGCAUUAUUUGUUGAAGAUCCUUUUGAACGGCCAGAAAAUAGUGCAAGGGCUGUAAACAAGAGUCAUCUGACAAGGAUAUCAGAAGCAUUUCAAUCAACUCGUAACAGGCUCAUGUCGGCUAAUCUAAACCAGAGUUCCCUUCUUAGCACAUUAGUCCAACAGCAAACAUUUCAUUUACUUCCAAGGAACCAAAGAUACAAUGCUAGGGGAUAUCAGCCAACUCUGCCACAUUGGCAAUCCACUGAGCAUGUACGUUCACCAAACACAAGGAGAGAUGGGAUCCACCACGAACAAACUCGUACACAGAUUACGCAUUCUUACUCUAGUGUGAGGCCACAGAUGGCACACCGUUACUCUAAUGUGAGGCCACAGACAGGGCACACAUACUCUAAUGUGAGACCACAGACGGCACAUCCUUACUCCAGUGCGAGGCCACAGAUGACAAAUUCAUACUCCCAAGUGCAACCUCAAUACCAGAGUACUAUGUACCAAGGCAAUUACAACAAUUCACCUACAACAGGUUAUUAUGCUCCGACAUAUUCUAAUCAUGGCCAGCAAUCCUGGAGGCCCAAAUCUGGGAGAUAACAGAUGGUGUGAGUUGCUGUUCAAUCAACAUUUUUUUUUCCUUGUCUGUUUCGUUUCGAAUAUAAUGUUUAUUGCAACUGAAUCUUGCACCAUGUUGAAUGCUUGAACUCUAAAAGGUGACAUAUAGCUCUUUGAACUUGGCAUUUUGACCAAAAAUGUCCUUUGUGAUAAGUGAAAAAGACUAUCUUUCCUCUUUAAUACAAGUCACUGAGAUGGACAUGAUUAAUGGAAGGGACAUUUUGUUACAGAA